AGGAGGGCGCUAUUUGAAUUUGUGACCUGGCACGUGGUGUUGGAAGCUGGAUGGAGUGGAGGGAAAUAUUACAGGGUUUUUUUUCUGAGACUUGUGAGAGUGAAACAAGAAGUGGGGUGACAACAAGUUUCGAUACCGAGAAUCUUCAAAGGGAUCUAAGGCCAUGGAAGAGGAUGUCGACAAUGAGCCAUUGGAGUCCAUUUCUGAAUUGGAUGAUGAUGAGGAUCCCAACAACAUUGAUUCCGAUCACUCCUCUGAUUCCACUGAGACGAGAGAUUCAGAGGCCAGUUCCGUCUUCGGUGAGGAGGGGCAGCCAAGUUUCCAAUACGAUGGACAAUCACUGGCUGGCCUCAGUUCAUUCAUCAGAAAGACCAUCACAAGACCUCUGACCUCCGCAGACCGGACAGGGUUUUGGCUUCUGUUGGCAGCACUUAAACAUUGUCUGUUAACACACCGAUGGCGUGAAGCAAGCCAGGCUAUGGAAAUGGUCUGCCUCUACCCAACACAUGUACAUGACGACUACAUGUGGAAGUGUGGGACAGAGAUUUUGUACAACUACCCAGAUGCAGACCCAGAAUUGAUCAUGCAGUUUACAAGUAAAAUGGAGGGCAUUUGGCAUCGGCAUAAGAGGAAAAAACUGGAGAAGGUCUUCUAUCUUUUGAGUCGAGGACAAUUCAAGGAUGCAGAGUUUGAAAUCCAGUCAGCUAAGAUGACAAGUCGUGGUCUCAGCAUACGUGAUGAAGACAGAGCUAAAUACUGGGUGAUGAUGAGCAAAGCGUACGCCGGACUACUCAAGUAUGCUGAAUGGUAUCAGGAAUGUCUGUUACCACGGCAACAAAUGGAUAAUGAUCAGCCAAAUAAAGACGGAGCUGGGUUUAGAUAUCGGGAUGAGUCGUGUGAUUUCACUAUUCCUGUACCUGAUGAGCCUGGUGUCUGGGACAUCUUCAUUACAAAGCAAGCAGAGAUACUGGAAACAAAUGGCAAGCUGGAUGUUGCCAGAGAAUUACUGCAGAAUUAUUGCGUCUCAUGUCCAGACAACCCUAAUGCCUACAGAUACUUGUAUAGACAUCUCAAGAGAAACAAUGGCGACCAAGAGGAGAUGAUCAGAGUUCUAAAGGAUUAUGUGAGGAGAAUUCCAUCCGAUGUUCUGGCACUGGAGUUGGUUAGUCUCCUCAACCAGGGGCUCAAAACAAAGAACCCCGACUACAGCGACAAGAUUGGCUUGAUAAUCAAAGUGCUGUUUGACAUGUUGGAUUAUCCCUGCUGGUAUGAGAGGCUAGCACCGUGGAAGGCCCUCGCAAAACACCUCACGAAAAUUGUUCAGAAGAAAGACUGUGCUGGCAUGGGCGCGAUCAUGGCAUGUUGGAGACAGAGAGACUGGUGGCUUUCCUAUCACUUCAACGAAAAGACUGUGAAAAGACUCCUCAAAAAGAACAAGAAGGUUGCACUACAGAAAGCUGUGAUUGUUUCACUCAUGCAGACACCAGACUCGACGUUCGUCAUUCAUGUGCGGAACUGCUUCACAAAAAGGGAGGAUAAGAAGUCAUGCAAGCAAUUGGAUAAAGCUCGCAAGUUGGCAAAAAAGUGCGCAAAGUUGGGUUUGAGGUAGCCGUGUCUUCUUAUCCAAUUGAGCGGGGAUUUUUUCUUAAAGAAGGGUUAGGCUUUCAAAAGCACCCUUUUCAUCUGAGCGCUGAUUUGGAUUAGACUUGACUCAAGUCAGACUUAAGUAGAUACCCCAACACCCACUGCCAUCACAAGCUAGCCCUGAUUUCCACCAUCAACAUCAUUCUUGGCUGGGGGGCUGUGGCUCAAUAAAUCUCCUCUCAGCUUAAGCAACAUCAAACCCCGUAAUAUGAGGCCAAUGUUUAAGCGUAUUUCCAUUUAGUUUGAAUGUUCAAUGUUUCUAAAUGAUAGUAUGGCUGAAGCUAUGUACGAAACCAAGGUUUGGGAAAUGGCAAUAGACCUUAUGCAUAGCAGCCAUCUUGGAGGGCAAUGCCUUUGUUUUGCUGGGAUAUGCAUGAGUGAAAAUUUAAUGCAUCCGAUGUUACUGAAUUAAAAUAAAAGAUGUUCUCUUCAUAAGAUUGACCCUAUGCAUAAGGUAUAUUAUGUUAAAGUUGAGGAGCGCCCUCUUGAGGCACAGAUUUUUCCCAAAAGCAAUUGUACACUUGGUCAUCUUAUUGAAUACAUAAUGACCACUUUUAAAAUGAUCACUUCAUUUUUCUUGUUUAUGAAGUUUAUACCAUGACAAAUGGAGUGUUUACUGGAAGCUAUUAAAAAAGAAAUUGCAAAAUGUUUGAUAUAUUUAUAAA